AUGGGGUUGCGCACUGGACUCAUUAUCGGGACGACGUCCUUCUUGCUAGGGACGCUCGCAAUGCACUGGACCGCGGACCACCUGAUCUUGUGGCAGGCUCCCGUCACGUACGAUUCGGUGGUGACUGCCUACACCUACUACCAGGACACCAUGGUCGACAUGCCCUCCAUCCACCGAAAGUUGCUUCUCGGCAUCGGCACACUCGCCGCGUUGCUGCUCAUAUCCAAGGCGCUCGGCGGUCGCGAGAGCAACUGGCUCUUUGAUGGCGCCUCGCUCUUCCUCUUUGGUGCUGCUGGCCUCGUAUACUACCACAAGAUCGAGCCAAGCCUCGCCACUUUGCCCCCCAGGGCGCCUUCGCCAGGCUCGGGCGCCGUGGACGCCAGGGAUGCCGUCUUUGCACCUCUGCGCGAAAUUGCCACUUCCCACACCGUCUUGGCCGUCGCCCUCGUCGGCGUCAUCCUGCUGCAAAGUGGACAGUACUACAGCGAAAGGCUCGAGGAGCGAGAGCGCAUCGAGGAGGAUGAGGCGCGCAUUCGAAGGCGGCAACGCAGACGCGAGCAGGAAGAGAAGCGCAAAGAGCGUCUGCAGGCUGCUACCACCCAGCAAUCUUGA